AUGCCUCUGGUCAAAGAACAAGGCGGGUCCAACACUGCCUUGACAUCCCACGCACACCUCACCACCGACCAGGGCGACUACACACCUGCCAAUGAACCUGGUGGCAUUGCAAACGGCACCUACGGCAACGGUUAUGGCCAUUCAAAGUCCGAUGCUGAGCCGCUCAUGUGUGAUGCGCCAGCUUGGACACCGCGUAGGAAGAUCAAGGUCGUCACGGUCGGCGCAGGCUUCUCCGGGCUCAUAUUCGCGCACAAGCUACAGCAUGAACACCCAGAAGUGGGAGCAAUGAUAGACCACAGCAUUUUUGAAGCGAGGCAUGACGUGGGUGGAACAUGGUUGGUCAAUACAUACCCGGGCAUCCAAUGCGAUGUGCCCGCCCAUAUCUAUGCGUUCCCUUUUGAUCCAAAGCCGGACUGGGAUAACUUCUAUGCCUCCGGCGCCGAGAUUCAAGCAUACAUCCAGAGUACCGUCCAGAAGUGGAACUUGGAUCGCGACGUGAAACUUAAUCACCGAGUUCUUGAGGCCGUCUGGCAAGAGAAAACGAGCAAUUGGAGAGUUGUAGUGGAGAAGAACGGCCAGGAGACCUUCAUCGAGUACGCCGAUGUCUUGGUCUCCGCGCAAGGAGUACUCAACAAGUGGCGCUGGCCUAACAUUACAGGACUUGGCCAAUUCAAGGGACAUAAGUGUCAUUCCGCGGCGUGGGAUUCCAACUACGACUACUCCAACAAGAGAAUCGCUGUCAUCGGGAACGGCUCGUCAGGAGUUCAGAUCGUGCCUAAGCUAGCUCAACUACCGGGGACUCGAAUCACGGCCAUCCAACGCAGCGCCAACUACGUCUACAUGCCUCUGCCUCCAGCCACGCUCCUAGGCCGAACGGAAGACACUCGAGCGAAUCCGCCCUUCACCAAAGAGGACAGGAACCGCUUCAGUGAAGACCCGUCUUUCCACCGCGAGUACCGACGGAGAAUCAUCCACCAGAUCAACGACGGGUUCAAGAUGUACAUCAAAAAUUCGCUGGCAAACCAGGCCGCAACCGAGACCGCGCGCAAGCAAAUGGCAAGCAAACUCCAACACGACCCGGACCUAUGCGCCCAGCUGAUUCCGUCGUGGGCAUUGGGUUGCAAACGCAUCACGCCUGCCGACGGAUACCUCGAGUCCUUACUACUCCCUAACGUUGAGCUCGUUAGUAGCGCCGUCACCACGGUGACCGAGAACUCGAUCGUGACCGCCGACGGACGAUCCUUUGAGGUCGACGUCAUUGCGUGUGCCACGGGAUUCGACGUCUCGUUGCGACCCCAAUGGCGCAUGAUCGGUCGCAACGGCGUCGACCUGGCGCAGGAGUGGGAGGUGGAUCCGGAGUCCUACCUCUCCGUAGCGGCUCGAGAUAUGCCUAAUUUCUUUAUGUUCCUUGGGCCUAAUGCUGUGAUCGCCCACGGCUCCUUACUAGAGGCGAUUAAUUGGACCGGUAACUAUAUUGUCAAGUGGCUCCAGAAGAUCGCUACCGAGGAUAUAAAAGCGACCACUCCUAAGACAGGGACAGUGGACGAUUUGAUACGGUACGGUGAUGGUGUCCACAAGUCACUAGUCUGGUCGGAAGGCUGCUCAAGUUGGUUCAAGCGCAAUACGGUGCACGGAAGAGUCACGGCGGCAUUUGCAGGAAGCGCCUUAGUCUUCAGGCAGUUGAUCUCAGACAUCCGGGCUGAAGACUUCGACAUCGAGUACCGUAGCGGUAACCAAUGGGGCUUUUUGGGAAAUGGAUUUACCGCCUACGAACUGGACCCGGCAAACAGUUUGUCGUGGUACAUAGAACACUAG